CCGUUCUUUGAUGGAGACCCCAUCAUACCGCAGUUCACUUUUACGCAGAGAAGAUGAGCGCACGGAUAGCGAAAUCCAAACCGGCGGUGAAAUUGAUGAUGCUUUUCACAGCGUCUCUUUCAUGGGCCUUUCAGCAACAAGCUGAACAACCAACGUAUCAGCACCGUGACCCCACGACAUCUGAGCUCCUCACGUGUAGCCAGUGCCCACCUGGUACAGCAGUGAAACGACACUGCACUGCCGACAUGCCCACAGAGUGCCAGCCCUGCCCCGACAGGCAUUUUGCUGAGAACUGGCACUGGGGGGAGAAGUGCCAGUACUGCACAUCGGUGUGUAAGGAGAGACAGCUAGUGAAGCAGCAGUGCAAUAGCACUCAUGAUCAGCUGUGCGAAUGUGCCCCAGGUUUCCACCUAGUGAUAGAGUUCUGUAUCGCGCACAAGACCUGUCCACCUGGAUAUGGAGUGAGAGCUUUAGGUACGCCAGUGAGUGACACGGUGUGUGAACUUUGUCCUGAUGGUCAUUUCUCCCCCGGUGGCUCCUCCACCAAGCCAUGCCAGCCUCACAGAAACUGCUCAGAGUUGGGCCUCAAGACACUGAGAUGGGGCACAUCCACAACAGACAGCCUGUGUGGCACUCAGGACAAGAAGGCAACACUGGAGUGCUCUCAUCAACACACCUUGUGCCAGACUGAUGUCACUCUUUGCGAGGAGGCAGUUUUCCAGUCGCUAGCCUCGCUGCAACUUUCCUCAGUGCCACUGGAGCGACUGUUAGAGAGUCUUCCUGGGAGGAGGGUGGAUCGCAAGAGCCUGGAGAAACUGAAGAAGACCUGCUCUCCCCAGCAGCAGGUCCUCCACCUUCUGCGACUGUGGAGAGAGCAGAACAAGGACCAGGACAAGCUGUAUGGUGUCAUACAAGGUGUGAACCACUGUGAGAGGAAGGUCUCCCGCUGCAGCAGUCUAAAAAACCUGACUCUUGAUGACCUCAUGAAGAUAACUAACAGCUUGCCAGGAGUGAAAGUUAAGGAGGAGGAUAUCCGGGCCGUGGUCUCUUCUUGCCUCCCCAGGCAGUACAUUCUGCAACUUCUUCACCUCUGGAAAAAAGCAAACUCCAACCUGGACCUACCAAAUGCUCUGUAUCACAGUCUGAAGGUCCUGCGCAACCAACAGGCACCACGCCAUCUGUUGAAAGGCCUGAAGAAGAUCAGUCGCAUCAUCGGAACCACCUCGGCACAAAAGAUGUUUGAGAAGAUGUUUGUUGGUAUUCUUCAGGAUGGAUCAUGUUUUAAAGCCCAUAAGCCAUUAAACGAAUAGACAACGAAUAGGUACAAACAGGAGUAGAUACAACUUAACACACAUAACCAAACACUAAUUCACUGAUUAAAAAGUGAACACUAAAAAGUCAUACACAAUGAGCAGGGAUGCAUUUAUGUGAAAGAGUAACAGACAUGGGUCACAUAAUAUUGUCAGAUCUUUAUAUCAAGCUAUGCAUAUAUUGCCUACAAAUAGUUUCGUCUAAAUGUAAGAUAAAAGGAAAGAUGGAAAGAUAAACUCUUUUUUAAACCUAAGGCCCCGUUUACACGUUUCAGCCUCCCUUUUACAAGGAGAUGUUUCAGAAACGAUCAAUAGUUCCCAUUGCCACAAGUUGGCUGUUUUUUUUUUUUCUUUUCAAAAUUUGUUUACACAACACGCGCAGGCAUGGAGGGACUCAGUGGGAUGCGUGGCAAAUAUCUAUUCAUUAUUUACAAAAUGGCCAACGUGAGAACCUUUGUCUGGACUGAUGACGAGGUUGGAUUGCUGCUGCACACAACACUAAAUUAUAAUACUGCAAAAACACAGGAAAACAUUGACUGGGAAUCGUGCCACUUGAAGUACGCAUAUAUUUGAGUUCAAGUUUAAGUUCAAAAGACCGAGCAGCACAAAAAGCACUCUUGAAUCCGCCAUUGCGAUCGUUGUUUAUCUAUUAGCGCAUACGCGGAAAACUGUGGCGGUCGCAAUCAUAGUGCGCAUGUGCGACUGUCCCCGUUUCCAAAAAGCAUCAUUUUCACUCCGUUCUCGUGUAAACGGGAAGCCGAAACGCAUCAAAACGUGUAAACGGGACCUAAAUGAGAUGCUCAUAACAUCACCCUCAGUCCAUGGUAUCUGCAAUGAUGAAUCUGAAAAAAAGAAAGGUGUUCACACAUCUGGAUACUGAAUACAGAUGUAAUCAAAAAGUUUAAAAAAGAAAAUACACAUAAGAUUUUUAGAACUUCUUGACCGGAGUCUGUGAAAAAAAAAAAAAAAAAAAAAAAAAAAAAAAAGUUAUUUAA